AUGCUCUGUACCCAGUCAUCAUCCAACACUUUGAGCGAGCCAGAAUUCUCAUCGGUCUCAUCAUCAUCCCUUGCAUCCACAUUCGACCGCAUCCAACCCCAGACCACGCCCUCGUCUCCCGCGUUUCACUACCAAAUCGACCUAACCGCACACGCCCUCGACCCCGAAGAUUCGCAGUGGCCCGGGCGCGCGCCCCUCGGCUCCCUCUCCCAAUCUGCGCGCCAACCCCCGCCCGACUUUCCACCUCGCCGCGCCGUGUCCGCCGCGAGUUUGACUCCUGCUCACACUCCAAUCGUUACCCCCUCCCACGAACGCUCCUCGCUCCCGGCGACGUCGUCGACGUCGUCCAGCGCUUCGUCCCUUAGCAGCACCACGACAUCCACCUCUAACUCUACCUCGGCGUCGUAUUCGUCCGGUUUCAGCUCUUUGCAAUUUCCCAUGUCGCGCAUUCCGCAGGUUGGGCAUGCGCCCGUGAGCGCAGCACUUCAUGCACAGGCGCUCGAAGCAAUGUACGACCGUCCCUCUGAUGAGCGUACCUCAUCUGCCUCACCGCCACCAGAGGGAGCGGGCGCUGGAUCGGGCUAUGGAUCCGCUGAGCCCACGAACAAUGGUAUCAGCAGCCGGAGAGCGGGCGCAUCCCAUCGGCGUAGAUCGCACGGGCACGGCCCGAUGCGCACGCCGGCUCGCCCUCACACACCCGCCAUGUCCCCUCACGGUGGACCCACUCCACCCACCCGCAAGUCGGCCGCAAACGCCGGCGCCGGAAUGUACAACCAGCCUACACGAGCAUUUGUGCUCGAGCGCCUACACGAGUAUGCCUCUGCGGCGCUUUCAAACCCACGCACAAGCGAUGUGCGCAUAGUCGUCCCCAGCAGGCCCAAGAGGCAAGACCAGCCCCCAGAAUCGCGGCGCGGCACACAUCCACCGACGCCCGAGUCGGCUUCGGUGUCGGAUCCACAGAGUGGCCAGGUCACACCCAACGGCGCUGCCCCCGCACCCGCAGCGGCGCAGGCGCAGGCAACCGUGCCAGUGCGGUUUUACGCACUGCAUCGCGACUAUCUCAUGCCACAGAGUGCGCUGUUCCGCGCAAUCCUGACCGGCGGGUUCAAGGAUGGUUCGCCAGAGGCAAAGGGAUGCAAGUUGCUCCCAUACACGUCGCUGCACGGGCCAAGGCCCGUGUUUGUGCCGCUGCCAGACCCGGACAGCUUUGACGCCCUCGUGCACUGGCUGUACUUUGGCGACGUGGCCAAGCUCGAGAGCCAGCUCUCGAGCGGCGAGGUCAACUGGCGCGGCCUCAUCCGCAACAUCCAGUACCUGGGGUGCGAUGACCGUACCAGGGCAGUCGUCGCCAAGUGGUGGCAGCGGUGGGCGCAGUCGGACCGGCGCAUCGGCAGGCCCAAGCAGGACAAGAAGAACAAGGAGGAGGAUUCGGACGACGAACAUGCCGAGGGCGUUCCUGUGCCUCGGCGGAGAGAACCACGGUCAGUCGUCGACGACGACGAUGACGACGACGAGCGCAAAAGCAGCUAUGACAAUGUCGACGAUAAACUCAGCUCGCCGUGGCGCUCCUCGGACAAUCUCAGCUACUCGGUCGACGCGGACGAGAUGACCCGCCGCUUGGGCGGCCUUUAG